AUGGCAAAGAAGGUUUCCAUAAAACCGCGAGUUGGAGCCACCCUGGGGUUUGCCCAGUAUCUGCCGAAGGAGCACAAGCUGUACUCUCGCGAGGAGCUCUUUGAAAACAUGUGCAUGGCCCUUGGUGGCAGGGUUUCAGAGUCUAUCACUUUCAACAAAGUUACGACAGGUGCUGAAAAUGACUUGAAAAAGGUUUCAGAACUAGCCUACAAUAUGAUCCGCAAGUAUGGCAUGGGAGAAUCCAUUGGCUUGAUUUCCUUCGAGAUGGAAGGUUCGGACUCCCAAAUGAUUACCAAACCUUAUAGCAAUAAGAUGGCCACCAUGAUAGAUGAGGAAGCUAGAAAGAUGGUGGCAGAAGCUUAUAAAACCACAGAAAAAAUGCUCCUUGAUAACAGAGAGAAGUUAAAAUUGCUUGCUGAGACCCUUUUGAAACAAGAAUCACUGACGUAUGAACAAGUGAAAGAUCUGAUAGGUCCCCCACCGUAUGGAGAGAAGCAGACAAUUUCCAUUGCUGAUGACCUUGACAUUGAACCCCCAGGACCCCCUCAAAAUGCACCUUCGCAACCAGAACCUUAACUGGGGUUGCCGAGAUGACUUUCAGAAGCUAACUGAAUUCUUCAUCCUGUGGCAAAAAUUAUGAAAAGACCUGAGGAGUCAUCUGGUACAAUUUCACCUUCAGACUUUUUAAAAGUUGGUUAAAAAUUUUGUAUGCUGAGACAGAAUUAUAAACAAUGAAUUCAGCAGUUAAUUGGGGAGGGGCAGGAAACAGUUUAUAAUUGAAAUGAGGAGAGCAUAAAUGUGUAUUAAGUAAGAGACAUAAAUGUACAAUACCAAGCAGCUGCAAGUUGUGUUGAAUGCAAAUUAGUUUUAAUAAAAACAA